AUGACAUCGAAUGGUGCAUUGAAUCGCAUUGCCCCCUUGGGUGAUAGACGUUUAACAAGCAAACACCUUAAUCAUCAGUUAAAGCAGUCGUCAUCGUCGCUCUCUUAUCGAACUAUUCAAUCAAAUAAGUUGGAAACUGAAAACAAAACUGUUAGCAAAGAGGCUGCUAUUUCUCAGGGUCAAGGUGCGAUAUCGAUUACAUCACAUACGAUAAAGCCAUCGUUUUCAAUAUUCUGUGAUGAAUUAGACGAUGAUUUGACUCGUGAUGCGCAUGAAAAUCAACAUCAAGUUAAGGAUGAAUCCGAAUCUUUUAGCAAGUACGAUCAUAAAGAAGUGCAUUAUGUGACAAAUUCAACGAAUAAUGAUGAUAGUCUUUGCGGGUCUACAGCUGAUGAAUUCAGUGAAUAUCAUACUGCACCACUGGCGCCAUCCGAUAGAGAACGCAAUCAAGAACACAUUUCAUGCAAUGAAGUAUACAUGGACGAUAUUUACAACUACAUGCGUAAACAAGAAUUACGCUUACGACCUCGCACGCAUUACAUUAGCAAGCAGAGUGAUAUUAAUGAAGAAAUGCGUUACAUUCUGGUUGAUUGGUUGGCUGAUGUUGUACUCGAAUAUGAAUUACAACUAGAGACCUUCCACUUGAGUGUAUCUUUAAUCGAUCGCACUCUGUCGGUCGUAGAUUGUCCGCGGUUAAAACUACAGCUGAUUGGUGCAGCUGCGAUUAUGAUUGCUGCUAAGUAUGAAGAAAUUUGUCCACCAUCGCUGAAAGAAUAUGUUUAUACUACUGCAGAUACUUAUUUGCCUAGCCAGAUACUACGCAUGGAACGAGUGGUGUUGUCAGUAGUAAAUUUCAAUGUGAACGCUCCGACAUCCAACUGGUUUGCAUUGCGAUUGGUACGGCUAACCAAACCGACCAGACUUACAAUUAAUACGCUAAACUAUCUCCUUGAAUUGUCCCUUCUUGAUUCAACAUAUCUCAAAUAUCGAACAAGUUUACUUGCUGCAGCUGCCUUUUGUUUAGCGAACAUCAUAACUGGGCCAGUGCCAUGGCCUGCUGAAAUCGAACGUGAUACUGGUAUAACGGUUCCCGAUAUGAUGGAUGCAUUGACAGAUUUACUUCGAUCGUUUCAUCAAGCACCAAAAAUGAAACAUAAAGCAGUAUUCGAGAAGUACAGUGAUGAAAGAUUUGAUGCUGUUGCACUAAUAACGGCACCAGAUUCGUUGCCUUCCAUUCACACAUAA